UGGAGUGGAAGAUGUGAUGAUUGACACCAUUGCUGGAAUGACUGAAACUGUUUCUGUUGAUGGAGAAGUGAAUGGUAAUGUUGAAGUGGCUGAAGUGGCUCAAAUGGCUGUUGAGGAAGAAGUGACUGGAGAUGAUGGAGAAGUAAACAAGGAAAUUGAUAAUAAGUCAGAGUAAGUUUUAUUUUUUUCUUAUGUAAUUCAUCAAUACUUUUAACUAAUAAAAUAAACUUAACAUUAUAUUAUUUUUUACAAAGGAGUGUUGGUCUAAAGCCAUAUACCAGAAAGAGAAAGCUUCGAAAGUUAGGUGAUUCAAUUGUCAAUUACAGAUCACCUUUUCUGAAGAAUAAUAGAAGGCUAUGCAAGGAAUUUAGCAGAGAUGAAAAGAUUGUUCUUGAUUGGGGAUUCUCAAAAGAAGUUGAAAAGUAAGAAAAACUAAUAUUAUAUAAUGUAUUAUUUCAAUAUAAACACCAUUUGAUAAUUAAUUGUUUCAAUUUGUUUGAAAAAUAUUAUUCUGUUAGAGACUGUGUCUAUAUAGAUGAGGAAGGUGUGUUUAUAACUCAUGAAGAAAUCCAGACACUUCAAGAAGGAAAUGUAGACAACUCAAUAAUUGAUGCAUUCACUAAGAUUCUGAAUGACAGAGAAGAAUCAAAUAAGUCUACAAAGCGUGCCUUCAUUGCGUCAACCCAAGUAUAUGCAAUGUUUGAUUUUGCAUCUGGUGACCCAAUAGAAAAUAUGGUUGAUAGAUUGCAAAAAGAAAUAAAUGAUGCUGCAGCAGAUGUCACAAAAUUAGAUAUGAUACUGUUUCCCAUUCACAAUCAUGAGCACUAUUAUAUCUACUGCUUUUACACAACAAACAACAUUGUUGAUGUAAUUGACAACCGGAUGCUUCCAGAUGGGGUGAGCGUUGAGGACAAAUAUGGCAAAACUUUGAAAAAAAUGCAUGAAGGAUUCAAAGCCUUAUGUGAGAAAGUGCAGAUUUCAAGCACAACAAGUUGGGUCCCCAGAAUCUUAUACAUGCCAUGGAGACAUAAUAGCAAUCACGUUGACUGUGGAGUAUAUACUUUGCGUCACUUGGAGACGUUUUGUGGGCAAGGACAUGUAUGGGAUUCUGGAUUUGCAACUGCUGCCACAAAUGAUGGAAUAAAAGCUCAAAAUGAAACAAUCCAAAAGAUGAGAGUGAUGUAUGCAGCUCAAGUUUUACUGUCAAAAUUUAACAAAGAAAGGGAAAACAUAUUGAAAAAAGCAAAAGACUACUUGAAGAUGUAAUUAAUUAAUAUGAUGGGGUUACAGUCAAAACAUUUCAUGGUUUUAUGGAGGGUGUGGUGGUAUGCGUUAUGCUGUAGUUAUCUGUUUGUAUGCAGUAGCUUGUAAUGCAGUGGUAUGGGUUUUAGACAUUUCUUGGUUUUAUGCAGUAGCUUGUAAUGCACCUCAAAAGUUAUCUGUUUAGUAUGUGGAAAACUUAUAUGUUGGAUUAUGAUAAGUUGAUGUAAACUAGUUUGUUUUAUAUGUUUUAUGUCGAAUCCAACGGCUGAGAUUCAUUCUCACUUCUCAC